GCUGAAGAACAGAGACCAUCGCAAGAGACGGAGCGAGACGCAGCUGCCUGGCCAGUGUAACGGCAACCGAGAUACAGUGUACAAGGUAACUCUACAGUGGACAGGGUAACUCUGCAGUGUACAAGACAACCAUCAUUCCAAGCUCAGCGGAUGCGAUGAUGCUGCUCACGCUGGACACCACGGCCGAGAUGCUGCUCUGGGGAUGCGCCGGCAGCGUCUUGGCGGUCGGUCUAAGUUUCUUGGACUUGUCGGAGGCUCCCUUUUGCCUGCUUCACUUGCUGCUGGCGGGCUGGGCGCUCGCGGCCGCCGGCUGCCUCGCUCGCGCCUGCCUCAAGGUGCCAGUGCAUCGGAGAGCCGUUCUGGUGACAGGGUGCGACUCAGGGUUCGGGCACCAACUGGCACAGCAUCUUGACAGAAUUGUAAUGACAGUGACAGUUACAGUGGGCUUUCGCGUUUUUGCUGGUUGCCUCCAUGCAAAUAGCCAAGGAGAAGGAGCAGAGACGUUAAGGAAAUUAGGAUCCGCGAAGUUGCACGUAAUGCAGUUAGAUGUGACGAAGCAAGAAGAGUUGAAGGAAGCGAAGAAGCACGUCCAGGCGCUGAUGCAAAAGGGAGAAGUGCUAUGGGGUCUUGUCAACAACGCAGGCAUUGGGUGUCUUGGCCUGACAGAGAUGACGACCAUUGCAAAAUACAAGCAGAUAGCAAACGUUAAUAUUUUCGGGAUGGUCGCCUGCACUCAGACCUUCCUUCCCUUGAUCAAGCAGUCUAAAGGUCGCAUUGUCAACGUAGGGAGCAUGGUGGGUCGCGUUCCUCAGCCGAUCCUCACGCCCUACGUGGUCACCAAAUAUGCCGUGGAAGGAUUCAGUGAUUGCCUUAGAGUGGAGUUGAAACCGCGGCAAGUGAAGGUCAGCGUCAUUGAGCCGGGUAACUUCGCUAAAGCCACGGGCAUUGCAGGAGAGGAGCGCCUUCGUCGCCAGGAGGAGGAUCUGUGGGGCGCCUUGGACGAGGACCUCCGUCGAGAGCACCCUCGGCAGGCGCUCCGGGCGGUCACUCAAGCUCUCAGGGCGUUCAGAGAUGCAGGGCCUGACAGCAUGACCCCUGUGCUGGAGGCCAUGACAGAUGCCCUGACGCAGAGAUUCCCAAGGGCACGUUAUAUGCCCAUGGACCUACACACCUUCGUCAGGAUAUUUGUGGCCACGCACUUCCCAGAGUGGCUCUACGAUCUCCUCUAUGUUUCUCAUUCACUGUAGGGCACGUCGAUAGAGCGGAGGAAGGGGCAGAGGCCACGGUUUGAAGAGGGAAGGGAGAGCAUGUCGAAAGACGACUGUGCUGUUUAUAUACGCAUAUAUAUAUACAUAUAUAUAUAUAUAUAUAUAUAUAUAUAUAUAUAUCUGUGUGUGUGUGUGUAUGUAUAUAUAUAUAUAGAUAUAGAUAUAUAUACACAUACACACGUGUGUGUAUGUGUGUAUAUCUAUAUGUAUGUAUAUCUAUAACACACACACACACAUACAUAUAUAUAUGUAUAUAUAUAUAUAUUGUAUAUAAUAAUGAAGCUCAGUGACUUAUAAGCGAGAAGAAGAGGCCGGAGUCGAACAGUUUCAUGCUCACUGAGUGGCCUCUCCUCGCCGGCCAUGUUUCGAAGUAACGACAUGAACGCUCUUUUGACGAACCACAGUGGGUAAGAGCGGAACAGGAUAAUUAGGAACGUGGGUGUACUUCCUUAGGAUAUAGUUAGCAUUAGGAAGGUUUAUUAGUGUGAUUAUAUAAUUGAAGUUUGAUUGUUAAAUGACGGGCAAAAUUCCACCCGCCUUGGACGUCAUAUUACGGGAGUCGCCCUUCGACAUUAAAACAAAAUGUAUUUUUACGUUACCCGCCGUUCAAUGGUUAAUAAGCUAAUUAUUUUCACAUUAUGAUACCGUAAUCAAUAUAUUUUAACCUUGAGUUAAUGAAAAUAGGUACGAGGGUAGUUUGAGGAAUUAUAUUUGAUAGAUAAUUAAGUCUUUUGUAUAUGUAAGUUCAAGAUUGACUUUAGACCUUUCAUCAUUAAGUGUUUGAUUUUGAUAAUGCAUGAUAUUCAAUUCGCUUAUAGACUUAGUGUUUUCAAUGUCAGCUUAGUCUCGAGUUAUGAGUUGUCUAUCUGUUAUAUAAUGGUGAGUUAUAAGUACCUACUUGUAAACUAUCUAUUAAGAGAAAUUUGAUCCAUGGAGAAGCGGUAAACAUAUACAUUAUGUUAUUCUUGUGAUUGAGAUAUCUAGAUUAUAACUUGGUAUCCUCA